GUAAGAGAUAAAUUGUGUGCGGUACAAUAGGGAGAGCCGGGUACGACGCUGUCCUUUACUAUUCUGUACAGGGGAUAGUUUGGGAAUCUGGUACCUUAAGCCCAUUAGAGCACCUUAAUUGAAAAGUGAAAUUAAAAAGCAAAAAAAUAUGUCGGCAAAUAAAGAUGGAGACGGUGGAUGGAAGAGCUUUCUGUGGAAUUCAGAAAGGAAGGAAUUUCUAGGACGCACGGGUGGCAGUUGGUUUAAAAUCUUGUUGUUCUACCUGAUCUUCUAUGGAUGCUUGGCUGGGAUUUUCAUUGGGACCAUCCAGGCCCUGCUGCUAACCCUUAGUAACUACAAACCCACCUACCAGGACAGAGUCGCCCCACCAGGUUUAUCCCACACCCCACGCUCUGAAAAGUUUGAGAUCUCUUACAAUGUCAACGAUGUGGAGACGUAUCUGAAGUACACCAAGAGCAUCAAGGAGUUCCUGGAGAUGUACGAUGAUGAGAGGCAGACCGACCAGAUGAAGUACGAAGACUGUGGAGAAUUACCUGGAUCGUACAUUGACCGUGGUGAGCUGGAGAGUGACGUUGGAGCGAGGAAGGCCUGCAGGUUCAAGCGGACCUGGCUGGGACCCUGUGCUGGUCUGGGUGGUCACGACGAAAACUUCGGCUUCAAGGAUGGGAAACCCUGCCUGAUCGCCAAGCUCAACAGGAUCAUCAACUUCAGACCAAGGCCUCCAACCAACAACGCCUCCGUCCCUGAAGCCGGCCACAUCAGAGUCCAGGCCAACGUCAUGCCCAUCCACUGUCAGAACAAGAGAGAGGAGGAUGCUAGCAAGAUUGGUGAGAUCAAGUACUAUGGCAUGGGCAUGGGGUUCCCCCUCCAGUACUACCCCUACUAUGGCAAGCUGCUGCAGCCCCAGUACCUGCAACCUCUGGUGGCCAUUCAGUUUACCAACCUCAGCUUCAACGAGGAGCUGCGUCUUGAGUGCAAAGUGUACGGAGCGAACAUUGACUACAGCGAGAAAGAUCGCUACCAAGGACGCUUUGACGUUAAGUUCACUAUCGCCAAUUCAUGACCUCAGCUAUGAAAAUAGCACUUUUCUCUGCCCCUAUUUCAAAACAAGUUGAUUUAGAGAAAUAAAGAAAAAUAGUUAAAUUAAAACACGACUAGUCUUGGAACAAACUUUCAUAAUAUACGGGACCUACAGUUAAUCUGUGUGCUUUAAACUGGCUUCCUGCAUAAUGUCUAGGGUUAGAAUGUACAUUACACCGGCUUCCUGCAUAAUGUCUAGUGUUAGAAUGUACAUUACACCGGCUUCCUGCAUAAUGUCUAGGGUUAGAAUGUACAUUACACCGGCUUCCUGCAUAAUGUCUAGGGUUAGAAUGUACAUUACACCGGCUUCCUGCAUAAUGUCUAGGGUUAGAAUGUACAUUACACCGGCUUCCUGCAUAAUGUCUAGGGUUAGAAUGUACAUUACACCGGCUUCCUGCAUAAUGUCUAGGGUUAGAAUGUACAUUACACCGGCUUCCUGCAUAAUGUCUAGGGUUAGAAUGUACAUUACAGCGGCUUCCUGCAUAAUGUCUAGUGUUAGAAUGUACAUUACACCGGCUUCCUGCAUAAUGUCUAGUGUUAGAAUGUACAUUACACCGGCUUCCUGCAUAAUGUCUAGUGUUAGAAUGUACAUUACACCGGCUUCCUGCAUAAUGUCUAGGGUUAGAAUGUACAUUACACCGGCUUCCUGCAUAAUGUCUAGGGUUAGAAUGUACAUUACACCGGCUUCCUGCAUAAUAUCUAGUGUUAGAAUGUACAUUACACCGGCUUCCUGCAUAAUGUCUAGUGUUAGAAUGUACAUUACACCGGCUUCCUGCAUAAUGUCUAGGGUUGGAAUGUACAUUACACCGGCUUCCUGCAUAAUGUCUAGUGUUAGAAUGUACAUUACACCGGCUUCCUGCAUAAUGUCUAGGGUUGGAAUGUACAUUACACCGGCUUCCUGCAUAAUGUCUAGGGUUGGAAUGUACAUUACACCGGCUUCCUGCAUAAUGUCUAGGGUUAGAAUGUACAUUACACCGGCUUCCUGCAUAAUGUCUAGGGUUAGAAUGUACAUUACACCGGCUUCCUGCAUAAUGUCUAGGGUUAGAAUGUACAUUACAUCGGCUUCCUGCAUAAUGUCUAGUGUUAGAAUGUACAUUACACCGGCUUCCUGCAUAAUGUCUAGUGUUAGAAUGUACAUUACACCGGCUUCCUGCAUAAUGUCUAGGGUUGGAAUGUAAAUUACAGGAAGAGUAACAAUAGCAACAUAUUUAUUCUACUGUAAAUGAGAAGUCCUUGAGCCAUGGGACAUUCAUCUUUUACUGUAAAUAACAAUUCCACUACUGAUAUGUAGCGAGCAGUGUUUCUGUCUGUCCGCUAAGUAUUCUGCCUAAUGUGCUUUCUAUAUAUUUUUGGAGUGUCCAGUACAGUAGUGGCAUACAGUGGUCCUUUCCAAGCCAUGUUGUAAUUUCUCUUGUCUAUUGUCAGUAAGCUUUAGUGGUCCAAGGUGUGUGUGUCUUAGUGUUUGUGUUUAUGUGUUAAGUGUGUUAGGUUAUUAAAUGUGAGUGUGUGGA